ACUCAAUAACUCCAAAUCUCCACCGUCUGAUAAAAAAUUCUUAUCUCCUUAAAUGUUAAUUCACCUAACUUGGUAAACCAUAGCAGCUGCAGCCAGUAUUAUACAUAAAGGAUUCGUUCACUGGCUCUCUAUCUGAAAUUCACUCACUCUAUCUCUAUAGAAAACAAGGUUUUGAAGGAAAAAAAAUGGAAAACGGGGUUGAGAGAGUUGUUGUGGAAGAGAAAACCAAUGUGGGAAAUGAAGGAUUUGGGGACAAGGUAGAGGAGGAGAGAGUUGUGGUGGGGUCUGAUGAAUCAAAGGAUUUGGAAGAUGAGGUUUUUGAGGAGGCAAUUGAAUCACAUGAGCAAUUGCAGGAGGAGGAGGAGGAGGGAAUGAAAGUUGUGUCAGAUGGUGGUGUUUUUGAGAGUGUUGGUGAUUCGAUUUCAGCAGCUAUUGAUGAGAGCUCAAAUUUAGGAAACGAGACAGAGAAACUUGAAGAGGCUAUUUUUAUUCCUGAUGAGAGUGGGAAUCCUGAUGAGUUGGGUGGGGUUGUUGGUGAAGAGAAGGUAGAGGAUUUGGUGGGCGAAGAUAGUGUUGAUAAGAUUGAUGAGGGAGGGACUGCAAAGGAAGCUAGGGGCAGUGAAUUGAGUGGAGGAGAGGUUGCUGAGAUCGUUGGUAAUGGAGUAACAGAGGUUUUGAAGGCUGAGGGUGAAGGCGAGGUGGAUCCUAAGCAGGGAAUUAAAUUGGAUGAGGAGAUUCUGCUCAAGGAUGAUGAGAGAGAAGAACUGAAGGAGGAUGAGUUGAGCACUGAAUAUCAGGGGACUAGUGGCAAUUCAGGCAUGGGCCAGAAUUUGAUAAAAAUGGAUGUUGAGCAUUUAGAUGAGAAAAGUGGGGGAUUGAAAGGUAACGGAGAGUCUGCUAAGGAAGAUGGGAACAAUGAAUUGAUUGAAGGUGAGGAGGUUUCUGAGAUUACUGUUAAUGGAGAAACUCAGGCUUUAAGGAGUGAGGGUGAAGUCAAUUCUAAUCGAGAAAUUGAGUCAAGCAAGGAAUUGAAUAGUGAUGGAGAUUAUGCUCAGGAAGUGGGGAACAAUGAGACAAGUGGAGAUGCGGGGGUUUCUGAGAUUGCUGGUAAUAUAGGAACAGAGGCUUUGAAGGGUGAGAAUGAGGCUGAUCCUAAUCGAGAAAUUGAGUUGAGCAAGGAGAUUCUUCCUGAAGAUGGUGACAGAGAGGAACUGAAGGAGGAUAAUGCGGAGGUGUCUGAGAUUGCUGGUAAUAUAGGAACAGAGGCUUUGAAGGGUGAGUAUGAGGCUGAUCCUAAUCGAGAAAUUGAGCUGAGCAAGGAGAUUCUUUUUGAAGAUGGUGAAAGAGAGGAACUGAAGGAGGAUAAUGCGGAGGUGUCUGAGAUUGCUGGUAAUAUAGGAACAGAGGCUUUGAAGGGUGAGUAUGAGGCUGCUCCUGAUCGAGAAAUUGAGCUGAGCAAGGAGAUUCUUUCUGAAGAUGGUGAAAGAGAGGAACUGAAGGAGGAUAAGUUGGGUUCUGAAUAUCAGGAGGCCAAUGAGUCAAUUAAUUUAUCAGGUGAUCUUCAAGGUGAUAAGAGUGAAGGACUGGAUGAUAAUCUGGAAAAACCAGAUAUAAAACAUGAUGUUGAGAAGAAUGUGGAUUUUGACAGUGCAAUAGUAGGCCUUGAUGCUGGAAUUGGGGUUAAUAAGAGUGAACAAUUCAGGGACAUCUCAGCAGUUGUGGAUACAGAAAACCAUGAUGAUAGCAAUGGGAAGUUGAAAGAUGUUUCAGCUGUUAUAGCUUCAGAGCAAAAUGGGGAAACUCAUGAACUGAAAGCAGCAUCAUCUGUCCCACAGACAGUCGUGGAGGAAGUAAAGCUGGUACCAGGAGUUUUAGCCUCAUCUUCUUUAGAGAAGUCAGUGACUGAGAGAAAUGAGGAGAUCCAGGCUCAUGCAUCUAAUGUGCGAGCAGAGGAUAACAAGGGUUCUGAAGUACAUCAUGCUGCCAACAAUACUAAUGGAGUCAGCAAAAGCACUACUGUGACUGAAGAGCCCAAGGAGAAAGCAGACAAGGGUCAGGAGGAUAAGCAAACUACUCCAGCAAAUAUAGAGCGAAAAAUUAAGCAUGUACCCAAGAUUGCAUCUUCAUCUGCAAAAUCUUCAAGUGCAGCUCCCGCACCUUCUCGUCCAGCUGGCCUUGGGCGUGCUGCCCCCCUAUUGGAACCUGCACCCAGGGCAGUCCAGCAGCCUCGUGCUAAUGGAGCUGUUUCUCAUACACAAUCCCACCAGAUUGAAGAUCCUACAAACGGGGAAUCAGAAGAGUUUGACGAGACUCGUGAAAAACUUCAGAUGAUCAGGGUGAAAUUUUUGCGACUUGCACACAGACUAGGGCAGACUCCUCAUAAUGUUGUUGUUGCGCAGGUUUUAUACAGACUGGGAUUAGCUGAACAGCUGCGAGGUAGAAGUGGUGGCCGCGUUGCUGGUUUCAGUUUUGAUCGUGCCAGUGCCAUGGCAGAACAGCUUGAGGCUGCCGGGCAGGAACCCCUUGAUUUCUCCUGUACAAUUAUGGUUCUUGGAAAGACAGGUGUUGGUAAAAGUGCCACUAUCAAUUCAAUAUUUGAUGAAGUGAAGUUUGGCACAGAUGCUUUUCAAUUGGGUACAAAAAAGGUUCAGGAUGUUGUGGGCACUGUUCAGGGGAUAAAGGUACGGGUCAUUGACACACCAGGACUUCUUCCUUCAUGGUCUGACCAGCGCCAGAAUGAGAAGAUCCUUCACUCUGUUAAGCACUUUAUAAAGAAAACUCCUCCAGACAUUGUGUUGUAUCUUGACAGGUUGGACAUGCAGAGUAGGGAUUUUGGUGAUAUGCCCCUCUUGCGUACCAUCACUGACAUAUUUGGUCCAUCUAUAUGGUUUAAUGCAAUUGUUGUCUUGACCCAUGCGGCAUCAGCUCCACCUGAUGGCCCAAAUGGUACCGCUUCAAGUUAUGAUAUGUUUGUCACUCAGCGCUCGCAUGCUGUCCAACAAGCAAUUCGUCAGGCAGCUGGAGAUAUGCGACUCAUGAAUCCUGUUUCAUUGGUUGAGAACCACUCAGCAUGUAGAACUAAUAGGGCAGGGCAGAGAGUGUUGCCAAAUGGUCAGGUUUGGAAGCCCCAUUUAUUGCUGCUCUCUUUUGCAUCUAAGAUUCUUGCUGAGGCGAAUGCACUUUUGAAGCUGCAAGAUAGUACACCUGCAAAGCCUUUUGCAACUCGAUCAAGAGCACCUCCUUUACCAUUCCUUCUUUCAUCCCUUCUCCAGUCAAGACCUCAAGUUAAGCUGCCAGAGGAACAGUAUGGCGGAGAGGAUGGUUUAGAUGAUGAUUUAGAUGACUCAUCAGAUUCUGAGGAUGAAUCAGAAUAUGAUGAAUUGCCACCAUUUAAAAGUUUGACAAAGGCUCAGAUUGCGAAGCUUACUAAAGCUCAGAAGAAGGCAUAUUUUGAUGAGUUAGAAUACAGAGAGAAACUUUUCAUGAAAAAACAGUUGAAGGAGGAGAAAAGGCGACAGAAGAUGAUGAAGAAAAUGGCUGCAGCUGCAAAGGACCUGCCUAGUGAGUACACUGAAAAUGCAGAAGAAGAAGGUGGAGGAGCUGCAUCUGUUCCUGUUCCCAUGCCAGAUUUAGCCUUACCUGCUUCGUUUGAUUCUGAUAAUCCCACUCACCGGUACCGUUAUCUUGAUACCUCCAACCAGUGGCUUGUGAGGCCAGUUCUAGAAACUCAUGGCUGGGAUCAUGAUGUUGGUUAUGAAGGUAUAAAUGUGGAGAGGUUGUUUGUGGUUAAAGACAAGAUACCUAUAUCUUUUUCUGGCCAGGUAACGAAGGACAAGAAGGAUGCCAAUGUUCAAAUGGAGUUAGCAAGUUCUCUAAAGCACGGAGAAGGAAAAGCUACUUCACUGGGGUUUGAUAUGCAGACCGUGGGAAAAGACUUGGCCUAUACUUUACGCAGUGAGACUAGGUUCAGUAAUUUUAGGAAAAAUAAGGCUACAGCUGGUCUCUCGGUUACUCUAUUGGGUGAUGUCUUAUCAACUGGAGUGAAAGUUGAGGAUAAAUUGAUUGCUGGUAAGCGGUUCCAAAUGGUCAUGUCCGGUGGUGCAAUGACUGGUCGUGGUGAUGUGGCUUAUGGUGGCAGUUUGGAGAUCCAACUGAGAGACAAAGAUUAUCCUCUUGGUCGUUCAUUAUCAACACUUGGGCUUUCUGUCAUGGACUGGCAUGGAGAUCUUGCCAUUGGCUGCAAUUUACAAUCCCAGAUUCCUAUAGGACGAUCUACAAAUUUGAUUGGUCGUGCUAAUUUGAAUAACAGGGGAGCUGGACAAAUCAGUAUUCGCUUAAAUAGCUCAGAACAGCUUCAACUUGCUUUGAUUGGCCUCAUUCCUCUUUUGAAGAAGCUAAUCGAGUAUCCUCAACAAUUGCAACUUGGACAAUGAAGAAAAGUAUAGGUUAUACUUGCUAGGAAACUUCUGAUGUCGCCAUCUUGUGAAGGUCAUCGAGUAAUGCGAGUGUAGUUAAAAGCUGCUUAUUGCCCCCCCUCCCCCCUUCUCUUUUUGUUGGAAUCAGAUGGCAUCAUGUUGUAUGAUAUUAGUUGUCGUAAUUUCUUUGUUAGAUAUUUUCUUAAAGUGGUUUUUUCUUCUUAUCAAGCCACUGGACCAAUUAUUGCUUCUUGUUCAA